AUGCUAAGAAAGAAUGAAAGAUCACCUUUCAAUGGUUGUUCCAGUGAAAAUGAUGGGAAAAUAUCAAUACUUCCAAGCACCAAAUCUUCAUCAUCGUGGCCAAAAGGUCCUCUCAUACAAAAUAAAACGCUCCGUUUUACUUCCUCAAUCAAAACGCUGCUUAUCUCCUUCAUCAUUCAAAACCCCCCUUUCUCUUCAAAGAACCCAGAAGGCCAGAACCCUAAAAGCUUUGAAGAACCCCAGUCCUCACCCCAGCACUCCGCGAAGAACCCCAGCCCUCCGAAGAUCAUCGCCGGCGCUCGCGAUGCCUCUGUCGUCACUCUCUCUUCCGGCACUCCCACCGUCGCUGCUCCUUCGGCGGUGAUUCUCUUUGGUGGUGACUCCCUCGUCGCAAGUCUCUCUGGUGGUGACUUUCUCCGAGUUCACUCGGUCGACUCGGAGCAGCCUCUAGACCCUGAAUCCAUCUUCUCCGAGAACGAUGAAGAUUCGAGCCCUAAAUUCAGGGAGCGAAGAGGGGUUCUCCACUUGUUCCGGAGCUCCUCUCACUCCUCGAUCCCAAGCCCUAGCUCUCGCUCUUCUCUUGUCUUCAUUCUCACCGUUCCCAAUCACAUCUCCUUCGAUGACCUCAUUCGCUGGUGCGGGCCCCACCUCCCCCAUCUCCAUCGCCUCCUCUUCAUCAGGGUAGGUAUAGGUGAAAUAAAGAAGAUGGCUUUUCCAGGAGCAAAUGAAUCCAUGUCAAGAGCCCUUUAUUUACAAAAAGGAGAAGAUAUCCAAUCUGAAAGGCAUAGCUUUGGGUAAUCCACUUGUAGAAUAUGCCACUUACUUCAAUUCAAGGGCUGAGUUUUUUUGGUCUCACGGAUUAAUAUCAGAUUCCCUUUUUACUUGAGUUUUUUUUACUUGAGUUUUUUUUGUUCCUUUUUACUUGAGUUUUUUUUCCCUUCCUAUGGCCAAACAGAAAGAAAAUGAGAGCAUCGAUGUUUGCGUAGAUGACAAAGUUACAAAUUAUUUGAACGGAAGAGAUGUGCAGCAGGUAAGUGGAAUACUCACUACACUUUGCGAUCACUCCUUUCAAUGCCCUUGUGUUUCAAAGUGGACAUACUUGUCUUGCCCGAUUUUGGAUGAAUACAACCAUCUUCUAACAUCUCAGUUGGAAACUCAAAGACAAAAUGCUUGAAGAUAUUAAAGAAUUGCUGGAAGGCUAUACACCGAAUGAUGGGGUGGACAAAAUUCUUCCUGCAGUGAGCAGACAAAUGUUGCUAAGAUGGCUUUCAGGUUUGAUGUUUUCAUGAUGUUUCAAACGCCAAAAGGGAAGGAACGAACCUACCAAGAUUUGUAAAUCCCACCUUAGUAAAUAUGUAUAAUUAUUGUCAAAUUUGGUAAGCUAAUUGAAGUAUUAGAUAGCAUUGUAUUUUUUGCUCAAGUUGAAAAGCUUGAUGUGAAAUUAGAGUUUUGAACUCGAGAUUUAUUUUGUAUUUGAGCAUUAAUGUAUAAAAUAAUUAUAGCAAAAAUUAUAUA